AGCUACAGCAAGUUUAUACAAGUUGGGUAUAAACAUUUUUCUGUCCUUCCAAAUAUUCCAAGGGAUUCUCCAAUGUUACCCUAUGGUUGUAUGUUUGCAUGUUGUUCUAUCUUUGCACCCUAAAAUCAGUGACCUGAGAUUGGUCCAAUUUUCUGCCUGUCUCCAUGGGAAGCACGGCUCUAUACCUCAACCAGAUGAUGUAUUUUUGUUGCAUCAAAGAAAAUGUGGUGAGAAAAAAGGUGUUUUUGUCAAACAUCCUGUAUAUAACCCACAUCUUUGUGCGUCUGUGGGAGUGCGCACAUGCAUGUUCUUAACCUAAAUGUUAUUGGUCGGUUUACUUUUCUUUUUGUUUCGGGAGCUGAAGAGCUGACGGGUCACCCGGUUGACCGACCAUGACAUCUGCCAGGCUCUUCCUAAGUGUCGAGCUAAAACUGCUGCAGGGUUAAACUGUUAAAGCUAGUCAAAACUUUGCCAAAAAGAGUAGAAAUUAAGCAAACAUUGUUACUUCACCUCAUCCUCCUCUGGAAGUCUCAGGCACACCAUCUGAAUCUGGGAAUCUCUAUCCUCCACCUCCUGUUUAUCACGUGGGGGAAGUGCUGUUUGCUGCAGUGGAGCGGUUUAUAUACAACGGCUUGUGAAGGAGUUGCAGUAAAACCAAGUGCUGGUCCACAAUGACGCUACUGGCUUACACUAUACUGUUGGUCUGUCUUUCUGCUUAUUCAGAAAGCACUGUUAUUUCCAAAGAGCCAGGUGGAAGCAUCAAUUUGACAUGCUCCUCUGAUGAAUGUCCAGACAAAAUCGACGGAUACAAUUAUCUGUAUCUGUACCAUGAGAAGGACGAGGUCCUGUUCUUUCCUUUCACAUCUCAGAGUGUGGCUGUGCCAAGAGGAAAGUAUAAACGCAGGAUCCAGACACACAGAUCUAUCAUGACCUUUACUAUUAGCAACCUGACCGUGAAUGACGAGGGUAUCUACAAAUGUGUCUACAAAAAAUCGGAUAAAGUCUUUGUCAAUUGCGGCAUCUAUGGAGUUUUUAUAACAGAAACAAUGUCAUGUCCCAUGAUGCCUCCCACCAAAUGUUCCACCUGCAUUGAGCCAAGGACAACCCUGAUGUUAUUUAUAAUUUUAAUCUGCGUCAUCAGUGUGCUGGCCAUGUGGAUCUUCUUCUUGCUGAUCAUUCCAAGGGUGAAACAAUGGUGCAUAAGGAGAAGAACGGGAGGCGACCAGAAUGUCGCCACUGAUAAUGUGUAUGAAAUCAUGAGCGGGAACGCACGAGGCCAAGCUGACAACUGAACUAUAUACUAUGUCUUGUUUUCAACUGUUUAACUUGUAAACGUUUGAGUUUUCUAAAAAAAAAAAAUAAAGCAGAAAAAUUCAAUCUAAAGAUCCCACACAGGGCCUACUUGGACAUUUUAUUCUGUAUUUCCUUCAGUUCGCAUCUGUUAGUACUCAAAAGAAAUUUUAAAUGUUUUUUUUUUUUUUUUUUCAAAACUAAGUGUCAAAUCUAUGUGAUCUACAGUACAAGUAAGAGAGAACAAGAGUCAGACACAAUAACGAGACCAGAUGGUGUUGUGUCCCACAUAUUGACACGGCAGAUCUAACUGCUAGAUGUAAUAGUGGUUUACAUGUCUGCUGUUAAAAUGUCAGAUAUGUAGAAAAUUAUUAUCGUCAUGUAGCUAUUUUUGGCUUUAUGCCAAAAUUUAAUUAGAAAAUCGGCACAAGUAAACGACGAAAGAAGAAUUUUCUGUGGUAUUUAAAGGUCCAUUCUGGGUCUGGUAAUGAGUUUAUCAGAUGUGAACAGAAGGAAACCACAAGCAUUGCUAAACUGCGAUCAUAAAGGCAUGUUUUUCUCACCAGUAGAGACCGUUUGGUGGCACUGAACCAUGCAGUGAAGCAACUUCACUGUCUUUGUAUGCAACACACACAACUUUUUAUUUCUCAUUUCUAGCAUUUCAUUUUUAUGAAACAAAAUAUUUUCUUUUUGCCCAUUUGUAAAUGUUUUUACCUUAGAGACCAGAAUACACUGUAUGAUUACUUUGACUACUUACUGUUAUUAGGUGUGUUAGAAUCUCUGGAGGACAUGAAAUGCAAUAACCUAAAAAAAAAAUAAACAUUUUAUUAA